UGCCUUUCUGGCACAUCCUUUCUAUAAUAUUGGUCUUUACUAAAACUGUGUCCAAAUUCAUAGGCUCUGGUCAAAUAAACAGCGUACUGGCCCCUGUUUUUCAUAUGCCAAUAAACCACGGAUACCAUUUACAACCAUUCUAUUCUCUCCAAUCCUAACCACUUUUUUCCUCUAUUUAUUUGCACUCAUAAGAUUCAAGUCAUUCAACCAAAAAAAAUGCUUAUCUUCAACUGAAGUCAAAUGAAUGCUAAUGAAGGUUGAUCAUUUUGAUCGCCUUCCAGAUGCGCUUCUCCUCUUCAUAUUGAACAAUUCGCUUGAUGCUAAGACCUUAAUCCGAUGUCUCUUGGUUUCCAAGCGCUUUGCUUCUCUCAUACGUCAAAUAGACACCAUAUUCGUUACUCUUCCUCCUCAUUUCCGGAACAAGAAAAGGAGGCGUGGCUUGUCCAGAAAGGUUUUCAAGAUUCUGGCCAGAAAGUUAAUCAUCAAACCUUUGCAAGUCCUUCACAAUAUCAUGACUUGUACACAUGCCGUAAACUCCAACUCUGACCAUUUCUUGUACUAUUCACCUAAUGAAAUUUUGAAAAACUUCAAUGGGUUAAAAUCUUUGCAUUUGGAGCUUCCUUCCUUAGGGAGUGAGAUUGAAUUUAACGGUGGAAGUUCAUUGCUCAAGUGGAAAGCUGAAUUUGGUGAAGAGCUCAAAAGCUGCGCAAUCCUUAGCUCAAAAUGUUUUCGUAGGGAAAACCUUUCAUCAUCAAGUUAUACCUAUGUAAAUGAACGUGAAGAGGAAGAAGAAGAACUCCAAUCAUUUCUAGCUGAGGAUGAGCUAAAGUUACAAAUAGUAUGGACAAUAUCUUGCUUAGUAUCUGCAUCAGUGAGGCAUCACUUGUUGAAACAAAUUGUACCCAACUUUCCUAUGCUUCAAAGUUUAGUUAUUACGGAUGCAGGGAAGAGAGGGAAGCUUUGCAUGGGGAAAGAACAACUUGUUGAGCUUAGAAACAGUAUGAACUCGCCAAGGACAUUAGAGUCUUCGUUGGAGAGGACUCCAAUACCAAAGUUGUGCAUGAAGCUUUGGUAUGUGCCUGUAAUGGAGUUACCAGCAUUGGGGUAUGCCAUGAAGGAAGUGGCACUUGUGUUGAUCAAGCCUGUCAGUGAGGUAAUUGGAAAGGAAGUAUGUGAUGGCGAUUUGUUGGUGGGAGAUGAUUUGUUGGUAGGUGAUGAUUUUGAUGGAGAGGAGGAAGAGAAGGUAGUUUUUGGUGAAGCUGUGAGAGAGAUAAUCAAGAAGAAGAUAAUGUAUGUAAUGGAAAUGAGUUCCUUUUGAGGUGUAGACUUGCAUAUUUAUUUUGUUGGAAAAUUAUUAGUUUAUAUGAACGAUACAAUGUAAAGUGUACAUUGGUAAAAGGCUUGUACACUUUCUCUCAAAGUGGCAAAUAUUAUUGAAAGAAUCCUUUUGUCUACAAUGUAGACUUUACAUUGUAGUGUUCAUGUAAGCUAAUAAUUGUAUUUAUUUGUUUUUG